ACACUUUCCACCAACAAAUUAUAAGGUGACAAGAGAGAAAAAGGCAAAAGAGGAAAGAGCAAAAGGAUGGCACAAGAAGAAAUGAGAAGAGGACCAUGGAUGGAACAAGAAGAUCUUCAACUUGCAUUUUAUGUGAACUUGUUUGGCGAUCGACGAUGGGAUUUCUUAGCCAAAGUUUCAGGUUUAAGAAGAACAGGAAAAAGUUGUAGAUUACGAUGGGUGAAUUACUUACAUCCUGGUCUCAAACGUGGAAAAAUGACUCCUCAAGAAGAACGUCUUAUUCUUGAACUCCACUCCAAAUGGGGAAAUAGAUGGUCAAAAAUUGCAAUGAAAUUACCUGGAAGAACUGAUAAUGAAAUCAAGAAUUACUGGAGAACUCAUAUGAGGAAAAAGGCUCACGAUGAAAGGAAAAAUAACGCGUCUAGUUUUUCUCCAUCUUCAUCCUUCUCCAACUCUUCAUCUUUCUCAUCUAAUAGUCCUGAUGUGAAUUUCACGCCUAUUAAGAAAAACAAUGAAAGGAACUUCUAUGAUACGGGUGGACUUGACAAAAAAAAUGAUGGUGACAAAAUGAAGGUGUACUCCAUGGAUGAAAUAUGGAAAGAUAUUGAAUUAUCUCAAGAAAGUGAAACAAUGAAUAAUAUUAAACCAAUUAUGCCAUCACCUAUAUGGAAUUAUUGCCCAAAUACACUAUGGAUGUCAAAUGAAGAAGAAACUAAAAUGUUUCCUCAAUUUUAUUGCUUGGACAACCAGGAUAACACAUUCUUUGCUGGCUAACAAAGGGUCACUAUAUUUUUUUAGAGGGGUUAAAUUAUAUACACUGACAAUUUAAAGAUUUUUUACAUCACGAUUUGAUUUAACCAACUAUAACAGGUUAUUACUUUAUUUUGUUUUAACCUGUCAUAGGUUAAAUUAACCCGAUAGCAUAAAAAAAAUCUUUAUAUUAUCAGUGGAUAUAACUUAAAUCCUCUCACGUGGAGGUGAUUUGUUUUAGAGUUUGUGUAGGGUUAUUAUGAGUAAAUUUUUAUUAGCUCUGACUUUGUGAAUAGAAAUGGUAGAAACCCUAAAUAAGAAGGCAGACUAUGUUAGACAUGAUGUGUUUAUUGGAAGCCACAUAUUUUGUAUCAUAUGUUGCUAUGUUAAUUUGAGUCUAUAUUUAGUAAUAAUUAAGUCAAUUUCAGUUUAGUA